GCGGGCGGUGUGUGGGGUACACCUGUGCGUCGUCACGCAUGUGCAUAUAUAUGGCUACAUCGUAUGUGUCUGUACUUGUAUGUAUAUAUCUCAGUAGGUGCGUGCAAAGGUGUGUCUGUAGCCAAAAGGUUGUGUGAUGUACAGCCAUAAGGACUCCAUACAGAUGUAUGCCUGGCUGUGUAAUACCGUACGGGCGGACGCAUGACUGUGUGUGUUCAUGAUGUGCACGCACACACACAAAAAUGGGCUUAAGUACAUAGGAUCACACACAGGUGUAUGUGCACUUAUUUAACUUACAUUCUAAUAGGCACAGCGAUUGCCUAUAUUCACGUAUAUGCACCCCCAUACAGCCCCUGUGUAGUUAGGGGCUAAAGGAUAUGCGUAUUCAUAGCUAAAUAGAUGUGGUAUGUAUUUAAUGUAAGUAUGUAGCUAAACCACAUGCUAUGAAAGCAGUUUCUGUCCCAGCAGCCGUGUUUACUGUGACAAAUCGCAGCCCCGCUCACCCCAUCCCUGCCUGCCGCCGCCGGAUGCCGUUGGUCAAUGAUUAACGCGGGGUCGGGGCCGCCCAAGGCCUGGAGGGAUGGAGGAGGCUGGCAGGAUGGAGGCCGGGGUGGGGGCUGAGCGACGGGUGGUGGCUGUCAGCAAUGCGGCCUUUGAGGAGGACCCGCCGCCCUACUCACCGCCUGACCCCAAGAGUGCGGAGCUGCUGUUCCCGGUGGUUUUCCACCCCCAGCCCCAUCCCCACCCGCCGCCCUUCAUACCGCAGCCGCUGCCCUGCACCGCCUCCGUGGGGCCUCCUGGCACCGGGCCUCCAACCGCCGCCCAGCAGCCUCCCAAGGACUACCUGGUGGAGUCGGUGCUGGUGACGUUGUUCUGCUGCUUGCUGACCGGGCUCGCCGCCCUCCUCUAUUCACACGAGACCCGUGCUGCGCUCGGCCGUGGGGACGUGGCCCAGGCCCAGGCGGCGUCCAAGAAGGCGCAGUCGCUGGUGCUGUUCAGCCUCAUCCUGGGGCUGUUCGUCUCCUUCAGUUGGGUCGUCUAUGUGCUGGUGGCUCUGUACUGGUGACGGGGCCGCAGAGCGCAGAGUUGAGUGCCGUCGGUGAGGAGCAGCGAUGCCAGCACCGAGCCCAGCAGCCGUGUGCAGCGUCGGCCCCUGCACUGGGGAGCUCAGUGACACUGUUGGUCUGACACUGGGAGCUGCACAACGCUGUGGGCAGCAGCACAGCUCUGGGACACAGCGGGAGGCAUGACACUGUGCAGGGCUGGGGCUGGGAAUGGAGCAAACGGCCCCACAGUGCACGGCCACAGCAGGCAGCUCUGCAUGGGCUGUUCUGGGUGUGCAAGCACACGAGAAGUCCCCCUGGUAAUUAGAAAUGUGCAAAGAUUUCCCCACAUGUUUUAGCUUCUAUAGCAAUUCUGCAUGCACAGCUGUGCUGCAUCGCCUCCUCCUCGCUGCUUCCAGUUCUAAAUAAAAUACACAAGCCAAA